AUGUCCGGAAACAGAGCUGCUUUCCUACUUGAGCCGAAGGGACGUUUUGAAGUGCGGGAUGCGCCCAUAGAGCAGCCAGGACCGGGUGAGGUCCUUGUCAAGGUUCAAGCUGGAGCGCUACAGCCAGCUGACGAAAAGGUGGCCAAGAUGGCGAUGCUCCCCGUAGAGUAUCCUGCAGUGCUGGGCAGUCCUGUUGGCGGAAUUGUACAAGCUCUCGGAGAAGGCGUCACAAAAGUAGCAGUCGGAGAUCAUAUCGUAUGCGGUACGAAGAUCUUUACACACAAGAAACCAAAGUAUGGAGGAAUGCAGCGAUAUACGCUAGUUGAUGAGUCUGAGGUCAUCGAGGUCAGUAAUCUUUUAGUAGGCUCGUACCUGCAUCGUACUAAUAGUCGAGGCAUUCAGGUUGGCGACACUGACUUCACCAAAGUUGUCACACUGGGCUCAUACACCCCUCCAGGCUGCCUGUUCGGCUCAAACACCCUCAACAUGCAGUACCCGUCUAUUCCAGCCAACCCCCUUGCAGCCGAUGAAGAAGGCAAGAAAAUCCUCAUCUGGGGCGGAUCAUCAGCCAUGGGUUCGCUUUGCAUUUCAUACGCUAAACAAGCUGGGUACACCGUUAUCAGUACCAGCUCACCACACAACUUCGACCUGUUAAAGUCACUUGGAGCAGACCACAUUUUCGACCACAGCGACCCCACGACUGUGGAUAAGAUCCGUAAUCUCUUCCCGAUCCACUACUGGCUCGAUACCAUAUCUCUGAACCAGAGCGUAACGACCAUAUGUAAAAUUCUGGCCCCUGAAGGCAAGCCCGCUACCAAGGCGUACAUUCACAUGCUCCUGCCAAUGGUCAUGGCGGGGAACCCAACGCUGCCCGAAGGCGUCACGGCUGGGAUGCACCGUUUUAGUACUCACGCGCCUGAAAACGCAGACUGGGCGAAGUACUUCCUAUCUCGCGGAGGGUUCAUGGAGCAAGGUAUCAAGAGUGGGGUCAUCAAGGGCGUGCCGCCGUAUUCUCUGGGUGGGUUGGAGAAGGUGUCGGAGGGUAUUGAGGAGCUGCAUAAGGGCGUAAGCGGUAAGAAAGUCGUUAUCGAUCCUUGGGCGUAG